AUGCCUUCUGCUAACGAUAAGUCUCUCGUGAUCAAAUACACCAAAGCGAUUCCAGAAGCGUAUUCUCCAAGCAAAGGAUCAAUAAAGGCGGCAGGAUAUGACUUAAAAAGUGCUCUGGAUUGUGUGGUACCGGCACGAGACAAAGCUCUGGUCGACACGGGCCUUAAAAUCGAAUUACCGGAAGGCUGUUAUGGAAGAAUCGCACCCAGAUCUGGAUUAGCUGUGAAGAAUUUUAUUGACGUUGGAGAUUUCGAUAUUAAAAGUGGGGAUAGAAUUGCCCAACUCAUAUGCGAAAAAAUUUACUAUCCUGAUUUGGAGGAGGUACAGGCAUUAGGGGACACUGUCAGAGGUGAAGGUGGAUUUGGAUCUACUUGA